AUGUUUUAUAUUGUUCAUAUUAUUGAUAAUUGUCGAUCCGAGUUUCUUGCUGCACAUCAUGAUUAUAUAGAAAAAUUUAAAGUUAUUGAACUUCAACAAGAAUUAACAACAAUACAACUACAUUUAACUCGUUUUCUUUUCUCCGAUUGUCUUGAAUAUAUGCGAAAAGCAUUCGGUAUGAAACUAUAUUCCACUUAUUUAAUUGGGGAAUAUUCAAAGUUUAUUUGA